CAGAACAAAGGACGACCAGGUAUACGACUAUCGUGAAUUCUUACCGCACGCCGACUACGGGAACAUCUUGAUCACGACACGUCUUUAGCGGCUGCAGCUACUAAAGGCCAGCCUUUAUUUAGAUGUCGCCGACGAUCAGCUAGCGAAAGAGAUAGUCGAGACACGUGCGGAUAAAGCGGUCACGAGUACGUCGAGCAAUUGCUACCUAAGCUCGGCGGUCUCCCGCUUGCCCUCGCCUAAGUAGGGGCCUAUCUAGGCACGACCGGGAUGAAAGUCGGAAAAGACCUCGGACUACGGUUAGCUGUAUAUACGAAGGUGAUCGGGGCGCGAGUAGCAAUUUAUCGAUUGGAUGAAGCGGAACAAGCUCUAGAGUGUUAUCGGAUAGCCUACUUUCUAUCAGAUUGGGAAAAGUCUCAAGAGGUCGAGAACCUGUACAUACGGGCGCUGCGCGGGAAGGAGAAG